CGGAAGUUACACAAAUGUUUUCGUUCUGAACAAGCACAUGUCGUCGUAGUAUGUCUGUCAGAAAUAUGUCUACAGAUACAGUAGAAGGGCAGUUUGAUGAUGCUGACAUUGAAAGCUGUGUAAGUUCAUCAAACAACAAAAUAACAGAAACAGACAUAGUAGUUAAGGAUGAAGAUUGGGAUGAUGAUUUUGAUGAUGAUGAUGAUGAUGAUGGUGACUUAUAUGACUGGUAUGGAGAAACAGGAGAUUUCACAAAGAAAUACAAUGCAGCGGUAUCAAAUAGUCAACAGCCAAAUGCAUUUAGAAAUAAGCAAGUUAAGACAAAUACUACAAAGAACUUCCAGCCUGUAGAAAAGACAAUGAAGAAAUAUGUGGAUAAGAUAAACGUUGAGAAAUAUGCAGGACCACAACUGUCAAACAAAGCGAUGUCAGCAUUAGUAGAAAAAGGAAGGAAAAUGGACAAUGAAAGAUACAGAGGGAAAGACAAAGCUGAUAGAGCCACUGCAGAACAGGUUAUGGACAAGAGAACACGUUUAAUUCUCUUCAAAUUUCUAAGUAAAGGUAUUAUAUCGGAGAUCAAUGGUUGUAUCAGUACAGGGAAAGAGGCCAAUGUUUACCAUGCUACAGGAAAAGAUCAGGAUAUGGCUGUUAAGGUGUAUAAAACAUCAAUAUUGGUAUUCAAAGACAGAGACAAAUAUGUAUCUGGGGAAUUCAGGUUUAGACAUGGUUACUGUAAACACAACCCCAGGAAGAUGGUACAGACUUGGGCUGAGAAAGAAAUGAGAAAUCUGAUCAGGAUACAUCAAGCUGGUGUUUUAUGUCCAGAACCAAUAUUACUUAAGAGCCAUGUUUUGGUAAUGAGUUUUAUAGGUACAGAUGGCUGGCCAGCACCUCUAUUAAAAGACAGUGAUAUCUCAGAAUCUAAGGCUAGAGAGUUGUAUUUAGAGUGUAUACAUAUGGUUAGAACUUUAUAUCAUCAAUGUAAACUUAUCCACGCUGAUCUUAGUGAAUUCAAUAUGUUGUAUCAUAAUGGUAAUAUUUAUGUGAUAGAUGUAUCUCAGUCAGUAGAACACGAUCAUGUCCAUGCUUUAGAAUUCCUUCGGAAGGAUUGUACUAAUAUUACAGAUUUUUUUAGAAAGAAGGGAGUAUGUACAUUGACCGUAAAAGAAUUAUUUGAUUUUGUAACAGACAUUACAAUUAAUGAAGAUAACAUUGACCAUUAUUUGGAACAAGCUAUGACCUUGACCUCUACUAGAUCACAUGAUGAUGUCACAGAACAACAGAAAAUAGAUGAACAGGUUUUCAAGAAUUCUUACAUUCCUCGGACACUGGAUGAGGUCAUUGAUUAUGAAAGAGACUUUAUAAAGGCACAGAAGGGAGAUUCUAACAAUCUAUUGUACCAAACUGUAACAGGAUUGAAGGCAGAUUUAACAGGGCCACAACAGAGACCAAAAUUAUUAGAAAAUGCAGAUGACUGUAACAGGUUACAAGAAGACAUAGAGAGUAACAAGGACAGUGCUUCUGAUAGUGAUACAGAAUCAUCAGAGAAUGAAAAUGAUGAUCAGAGUGAAUCUAGUAAUAAAACUAAAUCUUACAGACCUCGAGAGGAAUCACCUGAUAGUAAAAGGGAAAGGAAAAAGAUAAUCAAAGAAGAACAAAGAGAAAAGAGGAAAAACAAAAUUCCUAAACAUGUGAAGAAAAGAAAAGAAAAAAGUGGCAGUAAAAAUACAAAAAAAGGAAAAACUUGAAUCUAUAAAAUUGUUUUGUCAUAUUGCUGAAAGAUGGACUUAUAAUGUGCUUGUGUUGGCCGAAAAUCUCAUGGAAUAUUGUUGAUAUUUAAAUUUGAAAAGAAGUGGGUUAUGAUAUAAGAUUAUCAUGUCAAUUUUCAGAAUAAUUGUUAAAUCAUGUCAGAAAAAAUAUAACUGAUUUCAUUGAAAGGGUAUUUUGGCAGUGUCCAUCACUUGGCAUUUGAUGUUUGUCUGUCAUGAACUAGUCAAAACUCUAUUUUAAAAUGAUCUGAUAAAUAUUUUUUUAUAUCUCACUUGGACCUUUUAGAACAUUAAUUAUAAAAAUAAGAGCAUGUGGUAUGAUUGCCAAUGAGACAACUCUUCACAAAUGACCAAAUGACACAGAAAUUAACAACUAUAGGUCACCGUACAGCCUUCAACAAUGAGUAAAACCCAUACCUCAUAGUCAGCUUUAAAAGGCCCCGAAAUGACAAAUGUAAAACAAUUCAAACGAGAAAACUAACGACCUGACUUAUGCACAAAACAAUGAAUGAAAAACAAAAAUGAUAUACAGCAACAAAUGACAACCACUGAAUUACAGGCUCCUGUUUGGGACAGGCACAUACAGAAUGUGGCGGGUUAAACAUGUUAGCAGGUGUCCAACCCUUCCCCUAACCUGGGACAGUGGUGUAACAGUACAUCAAAUGAACAAACUAUAAAAAUCAGUUGAAAAGGGCUUACCUCAUCAUAUCGAUACAAAGCACAAAUACAAGUAACAAAAACACAGAGUGGAUGUGGCAGUGUACGUAUACAUCCCCACAACAUAAGACACUAAGUACAGGUCUGAGAGUACUCUCAGUUGCUGACAGCUAGUUCAAAGCCAAUAACAACUAAUAAAAAAAAUUAUGCAUCUAAGACUAAAAUAUCAAUCAGUACACAUCCAACAUCCAAUGGAUUUAGUGUAAAGAUGUCAUUAACAGUCAGAGAAAAACAUGACCUUGUGCAAUGCCAAGAUACAGGUAUCGACAGAUUGUAGAGCCAUGAAAGUGCAUAUGUAUAUAAAAUAAUAUUUAGUUUGAUUUUAAUUUACUGAUAACAAAAUCAAUAUGAAUACCAAUAAAAACAAUAUUCAAAGAUCUUAUUAUAGUGUUGAAUUGGUAACCUUUUAGAAUAAGUUUAUUUAAAGGAUCGAUAAGUUUACCCGGAUCGUAUCUAAAUUUCAAGGCUUGUUAAACAACAUCUCCGUAAAAAUAAGAAUGUGCUAUUCAGCUUAAAAAUAAGUUUUCUACAGGUACAACCAAACUUCCAAACCAAAUAUUUAUAUCUUUGGAAGAAUUUAGUAAAGGUUUUUAGUAAUUUGUGGUAACAAAAUCCCUAAGCAUAUGUUAUCUAUCUGUCAGUUAACUGAAAUCACUUAGCCAAUUAGAGCUAUUAUAUCAAUCCAUGUUGACUUGCUUGUAAAUUUGCUUUGUUAUUAAGAUUGACAUCUGAAGACAAUAGAUAGGUGGAGUUAAAGUCAACCUUUCAUAAGUGCUUCAAAAUUCAUUGUAUAACAGGGACAUCUAGAUUGAAACUGAAAUUGCAAUAUUAUAAGAAAUUAUGAAAAUUUGCUAAAUUUAUACCACUUUUUUCUUGCAACUAUGACUGUGUUUACUGAUGGUGAGGGUGAUAGAGCAAACUGCUAUUUGAUUUAUUAUACUGAAUGUGCUGUUAUUAUUGUCUUUUAAGAUAUUGAUUUUAAAUUAAAAUCCUUGUCUUUUAAA